AUGGGGGAUGUGAAGAGAAGUGGAGGAGAUAGUAGCAGCGAAGAUGAAGAUCCCAAGUGGAAAGCCGCCAUUAAUUCGAUAGCUACCACCACCGUUUACGGCGCCUCCGCCGCGAAACCCGCAGCGGCUCAGUCAUACGAAGAUGGAGAUUUUCGACCCAAAACUAAAAAGCUAACCCAUGCCCAAAUCAAGGUGAAGAAGCUUUUGAAUGAAAUGGUGGAGAACACUCUAGACUUUGUGAAAGAUCCUGUCAAUGUCCCCGAGGAGAAACCCGAGGAGGAGACUGAUUGUGGAGUUCGGCUAUUUAAACGGUGUUCCACUGGCAUCAUCUUUGAUCAUGUAGAUGAGCUUCAAGGACCCAAAAAGAAGCCUAAUCUACGCCCUGGUAGAGGAGACGAAGGAAACUCUAAAGAGUUGAAGAAACGAAUAAAAGCAAUCGCUGUUAAUGGCUCUGAUGUUUUAGCUGCUGCUAUGGAAGCAGCUAAGAGAGCCUCAGCUAGAGUAGCGGCGAAAGAAGCAGCUGCAAAAGCUAAAGCUAAGAAGGAAGAAGAGCGAGUCGCGGAACUGAAGAAAGUCAGAGGAGAGAAAUGGCUACCUUCUGUUGCACGAGAAAUGCAGCUUAACAAAUGGAGAUCUGCAAAGUCGUAA